AUGGGACUGUUUAGUAAAGAACCCAAGAUAGAAAAUAACCGUGCCAACAGGAAGAAAUGCUGGGAGAGCCGAGACAAGUUCUUCAGUUGUCUCGAUAAGAACGAUAUAUUAAAACCCAGCGACGGUGUGUCUAAAUGCAAAGCUGAGAACCAGCAAUACGAGACUGAUUGUGUGUCUUCAUGGGUUAAAUAUUUCAACGAGAAGAGGAUAGUGGAUUUCAAAAGAGAACAGAUGUUAAAGCAAGUAGAAGAACAGAACGCAAAACUCUCAAAAUGA